CCUGCUUUUUCACCUCUGCUAAAUAUUUCUCUGACAUUUGUUUGACUCUCAUCUACCAAAAUGGAGCUGUACAUAUUCAUUCUCACCCUUACUGUUGUUCUUUCAACUGAUGCUGAAUUAUUACAUGAAUAUUUUGGAAUUCAUGGAUGCUCUGAGACAGAUGGAGAGGAUAUGCAUGGAAUUGAUGGAGAGGAAAUGUGGCAUGCCGACUAUAAUCAGAAGAGAGGAGUAGUAACAUUACCUGAUUUUGGAAAUCCUAUAGUAUUUCCUGGUUAUUAUGAAACCAGUGUAAUUGAAAUGAAAGGAUGCAAAAGUGAUGUAGCCACUCUGACUAACAUUUUCAAGAGCCCACCACCAGAAAUGGAUGCACCCCAAACAUCCAUCUAUCCAAAGGAUGAUGUGCAGCUGGGUGUUCAGAACACCCUUAUCUGUCAUGUGACUGGCUUCUAUCCUCCAUCUCUCAGCAUCUCAUGGACUAAGAAUAAUGUUAAUGUGACAGAGGGCAUGAGUUUAAGCCAGUACCGCCCAAAGGCAGAUGGUACCUUCAAUGCCUUCUCUACUUUUAGUUUUACACCUAUUGAAGGAGACAUUUACAGCUGCACGGUGAACCACAUAGCCCUCCAGGGUCAACCUCAGACCAAAACAUGGGAUGUUGAUGUCGCCCUCCCAAGUGUUAGUCCAGCAGUGUUCUGUGGAGUGGGUCUAACUCUUGGACUAUUGGGAGUCGCAGUUGGAACAUUCUUCCUCAUUAAAGGAAACAACUGCAACUGACCUGGAAGCUAACAAUAUCUCUUAUUGGAACUGGCCAAUUAGACAACUAGCAAUGUGUGGCAUUCUCGUGAUGUCAUAUUUGAUGUUAAAGGUAUAAAUAAAAUUAAUAAAGGUAUAAAUGAAUAAAUUUAGACUCAAUAUGUUCUAGCAUUCUAUUGGUUCUUCAAAGCAUGGCCAACUUUUAACACAGACAUGCUUAUAUUAAAAGUCUUCAACCCUUUUAUUAAAACAAAAAUA